AUGAGAUCCGAUUUCUUUGAUCGAUUGCCACCACCGACAGCUCUACUGUUGCUAUCGAGUCUGCUUGAUCUGAGCAACGCCCAUAUUCUUCAACCAUUACCCAGGAGGGUACCAGUUGUUCCGCCAACCACAACGGUCCCAUACCACCCAUUGAGUGUUGUCUCAUGGCCUCUUCGACCAACACCACCACCUUCACGAGACCUCUUUGCUCUUCGUCGGCGACAGGACAAUACAGUAUGCGGUUACUUGGGAGGUGACCAGAAUUUGGCAGCGACGUGUAGCGCCGGUUCACAUUGCGUGUUGGAUACGGAGAACAAUGUGGUGGGGUGCUGCCCAAACGGAGAAGCUUCUUGCACGGCAGGUGUGUUUACCGGAUGUGUAGAUGCGAACAGCGGGCCACAGACGGAGGUGAACCCAUACGUUUUUACCUGUGGGGGAAGUGAUGUGUGUUAUAAGAAUGUUUUUCAGGGAGGAGCUUCUCAGUACGGGUGCGGUUCUGCGAGCGACCUGGCCACGAUCGUUUUGACGAGCGCAAGUGGUUUGACGACGCAGGUCACCUUUCCCACCGUGAGUCUCAGUCUGACACAGGCUGUCUCUACGCUGAGCGAGCCAACAACGCUGGGGACGGUAACCAAUACCGCUUCAAGCUCAACAGGAACGGAAUCGGCCAGUUCAACAGAAACAGAGUCGACAAGCUCAAGUGUUUCGUCCUCCAGCUCUACUUCCCCCUCAACAUCAACCUCCUCACCAUCAUCAACGCAAUCUUCAACACAAUCAUCCUCUACCUCCACGCCAACCACCACCGAAACCACCUCCCCCGCAACCGACGCUCCGGAAACCGGGCGAGCGCAAACAACGAACCGAACAGGCGUAAUAGUAGGCGCCACAAUCGGCGGUCUCGCCGUCCUCAUCGCCCUGGUAGCCCUUCUCGCCUUUUGCAUCCGCCGCCGACAAAACGCCAACGCGAGAUCGGGCCCCGGGAAAGGAAGCAUCCGCGGACAAAACAUCAGCACCCCCCGCCCCGGUCCAGGAACAGGCUUCGCCGCCAUCCCCCAAGACAGCGACGCCUUUGAGACCGGUCCCAGCCCCAACCCGAUGUUCGCUGGGCAAAACCAACCCUCACCACAACAACAAAUGAAGAGUAUACCCCUCAUGACAGCAGUGCCGCCCCGCAUGCCCUUCCAAAACGACGUCUCACCCAUCGGCCAAGACGAUGUUUCUCCCUAUGCUUAUUCUGGCGCCGGGGGAGUGGUCUCAGCCAUCACCCCCCACUCUCACACCUCUUACCCCCCUAGCGACGAGUUGAGCAUGCAAUAUCAGCAUAUGCAGCAGCAGGGACAAUACCCGGCUAUCUACAGCGGCGCGGCGGCUAUCCCUGUUGUGCACAACGGGAGGGGAGAUGAGAACAGACUCGAGUCGGAUCAGGUACCGCUCACAAGGGAGAUUGACGAUUUUAGCCACGGGUUUAGUGCGGCGCUGGAUAGGAUCGGGGAGGAGGAUGAGGAGGAUCAUUUGAGGAGGGAGGAAGGGGGGGAUGAUUUGGGGGAGAUGAAUAUGAGUGGUGGUCGGCGGGGAGAUGUUGGGGAGGGGCCACCAGGGGAUUAUAGCAGGGUGGCGAGUUCGGUGUAUAGUCGGGGGAGCAAUGGGGGUGGGAGGCCGUUGUGGCAGCAGAAUAGACGGCCGAGCAAGACUGGGAUGUGGAUGUGA